CAAAAAUGAUGACCAGAUGGCUUUGCAAAGCUCUGUUGAAAUGAAUGAACCAAUAAAUGACAUUGAAAAACAUGAUUAGAAGAAGCACUUGGGUGAUAGUUUUAUGGGGACAGACAUGUCAUUGAAGAACCUAGAAUCCUCUUCCUCUCCUUCGGAAGUGAGGUCAAGCAGGCUUGAUUCAAUGCUUGAUGAUGUGGUGGAACCAGAAAUCCCGCGGGAGCGCCUUGUCAUUGGGGAAAGGAUUGGACUAGGUUCUUAUGGGGAAGUGUAUCGAGUAGAUUGGAAUGGCACGGAAGUGACUGUGAAGAAAUUCCUGGACCAGGAUUUUGAUGGAGAGGCUUUGGGUGAAUUUCGGAGAGAAGUGAAUAUAAUGUUUAGGUUGCAGCAUCCAAAUGUUGUUCUAUUUAUGGGUGUUGUGACUCACCCUCCCAACUUUCUUCCAAGCCUGAAUGGAUGGCACUAG